GACAUUUAUUAGGUUGUCAUUUUAUUUGAUGUAUAUUAGGUUAUGUUGAUUGUUGAUGAAGUGUAAUAUUUUAGUGGGUUUAUAUUAGAAUGAUCCCUAUGAAAUAUUGAGUUAAUCAAAUAACUUGGCGAUAAUUCAAUUCUAUAAUGGAUAAAUCUCAAAUAUCUGCUAUUCUUCAAAUUCUGAAGCGAUACAACUUAAAGGGAACUGAAGAGAUUUUGCGAAAGGAAGCAAACCUAACAGGAGGCGCAGAUUCGGAAUCGCUACAACAAGAGUCUGACGUUAGCAGCGUCUUGACAGGAUACAAAAGUGAUGGAGACCCGGAAGCAUAUGAGGUUUCUUACACUGAGCUCAAGCGGUUCGUGGAAGGAUCCCUCGACAUUUACAAGCACGAGCUGGGUACAAUACUCUAUCCUGUCUUGGUACACAUGUACCUAGAGCUGGUAUACAAUGGACACACGGAAAAAGCCAUUGGUUUGAUGAAAAAAUUCGGACCUGAGCAGGAUUGUUACUAUCAGGAAGAUUUAAAGAAACUAGCUAUGGUAACUAAAAGAGAUCACAUGAACGGCAACGAAUUAACUGAAACAUUCAAAUCGAACCAGUUCAUCAUAAGGAUAUCAAGGGAUACACUGUCUCUGCUGAAAAGGCAUUUGAAUGACAAAAAAGCUGCCGUUAUGUUGAAUAUAAUUCAGGAGCACUUGUACUUUGAUAUGUACGAAGGUGUGGCGAGGAAUAAGAGCCAAAUAGAUGCCACUUCGGGAGCUAUAGGAGGGGAGGCUAAAAGACAAGAUAACAAAACAAAGGUAUACUAUGGAAUACCAAAGGCUCCGGAUAUGGUAUCCUUAGCAGCUGCUCCCGUGGAAGAUGAAGAGGAAGGAGCGGACCAAGACAAUCCUGAUAAACCAAAGAAAAAAAAGGCCAAGAAAGAUCCUUUGUUCUCUAAAAAGACAAAAUCUGAUCCCAAUGCUCCACCUCCAGAUAGAAUACCAGUACCAGAAUGGAAAGACAAUGAUAAACUGGAAAAAAUAAAAGCUUUGAGAGAAACAUCCAGACGAGUUACUUUGGGGCCUGAAUCAUUACCUUCUUGUUGUUGUUAUACUCUCUUGAACGCAAAUUAUUCAGUCUGCUGUGCCGAAAUCACUGAAGAUUCGAGUAUGCUGGCAGUGGGAUUCAAUGAUUCAAUAGUAAAAGUCUGGACUCUGGUGCCGCAGAAGCUUAAGGCGAUGAAAACUGCUGAACAACUCGAAGAUGUUAAUGUGGAAGCAGAUGAUGUCUUGGUCCGAAUGAUGGAUGAACGUUCCGGCGAGACAUCACGCACCUUGUGCGGCCACACAGGAGCGGUAUACUCAGUUUCGUUCUCCCCAGAUCGUACACUCCUUCUCAGUGCUUCUGAAGACACCACUAUCAGACUGUGGAGCCUACAAAUAUGGACGUGUCUCGUUAUCUACAAGGGUCACAUGUUUCCCGUGUGGGACGUCAAGUUCUCGCCUUUAGGAUACUACUUUGCAUCCAGUUCCAACGACCGCACGGCCAGGCUUUGGGCCACGGAUCACUACCAACCGCUGAGGGUGUUUGCUGGGCACUUUUCGGAUGUCGAUUGCAUACAGUUCCAUCCUAACUCCAAUUACGUGGCAACAGGUUCGAGUGAUAGACGCGUUUGCCUCUGGGAUUGCACGACCGGUAACCACGUCCGUCUCAUGACGGGUCAUAAAUCUCCCAUUCACGCAUUAGCAUUUAGCAUAUGCGGGAGAAUGCUAGCUUCGGCGGGCACAGAUUGCAAAGUGCUAAUUUGGGAUCUCAGCCACGGACAUCUGGUGGCCGAGUUGACUGGGCAUGAGAAGACGAUACACUGUUUGUCUUUCAGUCGGUGCGGGAACAUUUUGGUGUCAGGUGGGCUGGAUUGCAACGUAAAGCUCUGGGAUUUUACGAAGUUGAUGGAGGAGACAAGUUCUGAUGAAGUGAACGUGUCACACAAUCCGGACGUGAAAUCUGGAGAAGAGUAUUUGAUGAGGACUCUUGCAACGAAAAAUUCGCCUCUGAUCAACGUGCACUUUACUAGGCGAAAUUUGUUGAUUGCCGUGGCAUUAUUCGAUGGAGCUAGUACUUAGGACAGUUUUUUUUUGUAUAUUAUAAAUUAAUUCGUUUUUAUACACUAGAAUUUAAUAUUACCUUUUUGGAAUAAUAGCUUCAAUUCAGAUUUCUGUGGUAAAAUAAUGUAGAUAUCAACGAAGAACCAACAAAUCACAAUUUUGAAGUUUUUAUGAAUGGAUUAUUGGCAAAUGCUUAAAACAUGUUUAUUUACCAAAUUGUC